AUGCAGAGAUGUUAUUGUGGGUACAAUGGUGGAAGCAGCAUCUUAAAGUCGACGAGCCACGUCGACAGACUGCAGCAGCGGCAGCCGCUGCGCAGUGAUCUCGUAUCGCUGACGUCAUCUUCCAGGCAGAGCGUAUAUCCCACGCAGUUCAUAAAGCGUCCCAGCCUGAAAAAAAACGUGGAACUGGGCUUGGGUCACUCCAAAAGCGAGCUGGCACGUAACUUCAGUAGACGCAAUUCGGCAACAACCACAUUGAGUCAUUGCUCCAGUUGGUGCAGCAGUUGCGGGUGUGCUCCACAGCAAAAGCAGCGUGACAAUCGCGUCAAGAUACUUAGUUGGGACACUGGAGAGCAUCGGAGCAACAGCAGCAGCAGUCACAACAGCAACAACACCCAUUGCGAACACACCUACAAUCGACGUAUCUACGAGCAACGCGCCUGCGCCGGUAGCCGCUUGGGAGCUGAAGGUCAGGGUCAGGUUCACAGUCGGAGCUCUGCCACUCCCUCGCCGGCGCCCAACUCCACAACGAGUGGGAAUAAUGAACUGCAGCGCCUGCACUCGCUACAGCAGUUCCGGCUGCUAAAUGCCAGCGAAUGCUUCAGUGCCCAGCGACAGGAUGAGUUGCGUCUACAACAAGCCUAUGACAAACUGGGCGUGGCCCUCAAUGCCAAGCGGGAGAAAAACAACGCUAAUGAAUGCAGGCAACAGAACAUGAUGGCAACAACAAAAGCGGGUACAACGCCCUACGCGCUGCGUCAAAAGCUACUGCAGCUGCAACUACGCGAGGAGCACGCAAGUGGCCGUGGCGCGGGUGCAAUGUGCGCACCCUUGGAGAAAAGCUCUGCUCUAAAAUAUAACUGAAUUUCUUAGUAUAAGUAUUACUAUCUUAGCAUCAGUAAGAAGAGAAUGUAUUUUUUGAUAAA